CUCAGAGAGAGAGAGAAAGUGUAGGACUAGGGCUCUGCCGGAGGAUUCUUCCUCUUCGUGAAGUUCCGGGAUUGCCCCUCCGUCUUCCUCCGUCCGGCCUGUGGUACACAGGAAUCGGCAGACAGGGGGACGAGGGCAACCAUGGGUUCUUUCUGCGUAGUGGACUUGGGAUGCGUCUGUGAGGCUGGUGGCUGUCUCCUUGUGGUGGGAUGGUUCCUCUCUAAACGGCGUUUAGGGUGAUGCUUCUCAUCGUUGUGAAUGAAUUCUCGCGUGGAGGACGGAUUUGGGGUGUCGUUUCGGCUGUUGCUGAUGGGUAUUUUGCGCUGAAUUGGUCUUUUUCAUCUCUCUCUCUCAAUCGAUGCUCGGAUCCUUCGUAUUGUGUGGAGAAGAGAGAUUCUGGCUUUUUGCUCCGGCGUUGAAUGAAUUCUGUCGUAGGUUGUUAAUUGUGGAUAGUUGUGUAUAGAAUUACGGAUGAACAGUAGUAGAGCUUGUGAAUUAGCUGUGGUGGAAAACUAGCGGGAGAAAGUGGAGCUAUUUUCCUCCUUUUCUUUCUUUUCUCCCUUGACUUUUGGUGGUCUAGUGGAUGUAGAACUCGGGUAUAGAACUUUGAUUUUCGGAAGCGUUCUUUUCCUCUUCUUUUAUGGGUUCGAACAUAUCGUGCUUCACGGAAGGAGAUGGAGGUCCUCGGAGGCCCAGUUUGGGCGACAUCCCCGAGAGCUGCAUCGCUUCUGUGUACAUGUACAUGUGUCCGCCGGAAAUCUGCAGACUAGCGAGCUUGAACCGGUCGUUCAGAGGCGCGGCGUCCGCUGAUUUCUUGUGGGAGUCGAAGUUGCCGGCGAAUUAUCGUUAUCUGCUGAAGAAAUUGUUCUUGGAUGAUUUGGGAAGUCGCACAAAGAAGGAGAUUUACGCGGUCCUGUCUCAGCCAAACUCCUUUGAUGGCGGCACCAAGAAAGUUUGGCUGGAGAAAGCAACAGGUGCUGUGUGCUUGUCUAUCUCUUCAAAGGCGUUGUCAAUAACGGGGAUUGAGGAUCGUAGAUACUGGAAUUACAUUCCUAGCGAGGAAUCUAGGUUCCAUGUGGUUGCUUACCUUCAGCAAAUUUGGUGGUUUGAAGUCCAUGGAGAGUUAGACUUCUUAUUUCCAGCGGGAACAUAUAGUCUAUACUUCAGACUUCAGCUGGGUCGUCCAUCCAAAAAAUAUGGUUGGCGCCACUGUAACUUUGAUCAAGUUCAUGGCUGGGAUCUCAAGCCCGUGAGGUUCCAGUUCUCUACCUCUGAUGGCCAGCAUGCCCUGUGCCAGCGCUUUCUUGAAGAGCCAGAAAGUACUCGAAUUGCAGCAUGUGGUGGAUCCCAGAUACGCGGGAACUGGAUGGAUCAUCACGUGGGUGACUUUGUCAUAGGGAACUCCGAUUUGCCCACAAAGAUCAAGUUCUCAAUGAUACAGAUAGAUUGCACCCACACGAAGGGAGGUCUUUGUCUUGAUUCUGUACUAAUAAUUCCAACGGAGUUAGCCAGGAGGAAGGUCUGUUAGUUCUCGGUGCUAGUAACUCCAACGUUGGUUGAGAGGAAGAGCAAGGUCUUUUGUUUCUCUGGAAGCCGAAGUGCAAUUUCAUGGUUGUUUUUCUGCUGGAAUCGCGAAAACAAAGGCUGCAAAGAGCUGUAUAUUACAGGUCGAGUUUGUGGAUUCGUGUAGCACCCUUUGUAAAUGUUUGCGUGCUUGGUGUAUGUAGAGUAGAUCUGCAGAUCUGCUGAUAUGUAAAUGUUUCUGCAAUGGAAUUUGUUGCAUCGCGUAUUUCUUCUU